GCUGCUGGUAAGGCUGAGCUACUGCAGUUCUGGCUCGGCUUCAGGCGCCGCUGGCCGGGGCAUGCCUGGGAAUCUGCCCAGGAAGCGUCGUGAAAGAAGAGUUUGUUUUAAAGCUUGACCCUGGCUCUGCGCAACACCCCUGCCCUCUGCCUGCCAUAUAAAGCCGGGCUGCCGUCAUGCCAGGCAUCUGAACGAGGGAGCGAGAGCCAGCGGGAGCCAGCCGGGACGGGGAUUUUGUUUUGCCGGCGGAGGAGCUCAUGGCUUCGGUGUUCAUGUGUGGGGUGGAGGAUCUGCUGUUCAGCGGGAGCCGCUUCGUCUGGACGGUGACGGUGGCAGCUCUGAGGAGGUGGUACGCUGCCCGGCUGCGGGCAUGCCGGCAAGCCCUGCGAGCAUGGUGCGGCCUCCGGGAUGUCUACCAGAUGACAGAGGGUCGGCACUGCCAGGUGCAUCUCCUCGAUGACAGGAACUUGGAGCUGCUGGUUCAGCCCAAACUUUUGUCUCGGGAGUUACUGGAUCUGGUGGCCUCACACUUCAACUUGAAAGAAAAGGAGUAUUUUGGGAUAACGUUUAUAGAUGAUACAGGUCAGAGCGUCUGGUUGCAGCUGGAUCACCGAGUCCUGGACCAUGACUUGCCCAAGAAACCCGGCCCAGCAACUUUGUACUUUGCCGUUAGGUUCUACAUUGAAAGCAUUUCCUUUCUCAAGGACAAAACUACAGUAGAGCUGUUCUUUCUGAAUGCCAAGUCCUGUGUACACCAGGGGCAGAUUGAAGUGGAAAGCGAGACGGUCUUCAAGUUGGCAGCCCUGAUUUUGCAGGAAGCUAAAGGGGACUAUUCCAGUGAUGAAAACACUAGGAAAGACUUGAAGACACUGCCUGUCUUUCCUACCAAGACACUGCAGGAACAUCCAUCACUCGCUUACUGUGAGGACAGAGUAAUUGAGCAUUAUACACAAAUUAAAGGUCUGACCAGAGGACAAGCCAUUGUUCAGUACAUGAAAGUGGUAGAAGCUUUGCCAACAUAUGGAGUUCAUUACUAUGGAGUAAAGGAUAAACAAGGAAUCCCGUGGUGGCUUGGAAUAAGUUACAAAGGAAUAGGCCAGUACGACUUACAAGACAAAGUUAAGCCCAGAAAACUAUUUCAAUGGAAACAGCUGGAAAAUCUCUAUUUCCGUGAAAAGAAAUUUGCUGUGGAAGUACAUGAUCCCCGCAGAAUUUCGGUGUCGAGAAGGACCUUUGGUCAGAGUGGACUGGUAGUGCAAACCUGGUAUGCAAACACUUCCCUGAUCAAGUCCAUCUGGGUGAUGGCAAUCAGUCAACACCAGUUCUACUUGGACAGAAAGCAAAGCAAAGCAAAAAUUCCUUCAGCCAGAAGUUUGGAUGAUAUCGCCAUGGAUCUGACAGAGAUGGGAACACCAAAAGUUUCAAAGCUAGUGACUUUGGAGGCAAAGAACCAGCUUAUUAUGGCCAGCAAUGGCAGUUUGAUCUCAUCAGGCUCUCAGGAUUCAGAGGUCAGUGAAGAACAAAAAAAGGAGAAAAUUAUGGAACUAAAAAAGAAGGAGAAACUCCUUCAGGAAAAACUGCUUCAGAAAGUUGAGGAGCUGAAGAAAAUCUGCCUGCGAGAGGCGGAGCUGACGGGCAAGAUGCCCAAGGAGUAUCCACUGAGCACUGGAGAGGAACCUCCCCAGGUCAGGAGACGUGUUGGCACGGCGUUCAAGCUGGAUGACAACCUGCUCCCGAGCGAAGAGGAUCCUGCUUUGCAGGACUUGGAGAGCAAUUUUAUCAUACAGCAAAAGCUGGUGGAAGCCGCAAAGAAACUUGCCAGUGAGGCAGACCUCUGCAAAAAUGUGAAGAAGAAAAGAAAGCAAGAGUAUGCUGAUGCUGUAAAAAAGCUGCAAGAGAUAGAAAAUUCCAUAAAUGAAUAUAGAAUCAAGUGUGGCAAAAAACCAACCCAGAAAUCAACUCUUACUCUACCAGAUGAUAUAAUCCCGUCUGAGAGCAGCUCCCUGUCUGAUACAACCACCUAUGAUGAUGUUAGUGAAUCGCUUCCUGUGCCAGCACAGAGACCCAGCUCUGUGCAGCUUUCUCCAAGGCUUCCUCCACCAAAGUCCCUCGGGGUGGAGAGAAUUCAUCUCAGAAAGUCAUCCAUAAACGAGCAGCUCUUGGAAACCAGACACUCCAGGGACCCACUUUCGACUCACAGCAGUCCUUACCGAACCCUGGACCGGCCGCCCCAGCCCCAUGGGGGGAGAAGCAUGCCUACAACCCCUGUGCUCACACGCAACGCCUACAGUAGCAGCCACUUACAGCCAGAUGUUUCCCCGCACCACUGCCGGCAGCGCAGUGGAAGUCUGGAAUCCCAAACCCACCUGCUGUCCGAGACUCCUGCUGAAAAGGCAGCCUUCACCCUCUCAAAGUCCCAGCGAAGCAGCAGCACAGAGAUCCUCGAUGAUGGAUCAUCCUACACUAGCCAGUCAAGUGCAGAAUAUUACUGCGUGACACCUACUCCCAAUCCAUAUUAUACUACUCAGACGCUCGACAACAGGACCAGGGGUCGAAGACGGUCAAAGAAACAAAACAUUUCUGCUGCAAAUUCAGGAAGUAUGCCAAAUCUUGCCCAGAAGGAUGUCCGCAAUGGUGUCUACCACAAGAGUCAGGAGCAGCCUUCCUCUAGUUACUAUAUUUCUGGAUAUUCCCCAUACACCGAAUCUGACGUUUAUUACAAUGGAGGUUAUGUUUAUGAGAGCGAUACGGAGGGACAGUACAGUGUCAAUCCUUCUUAUCGCUCAUCAGCACAUUACGGAUAUGACCGUUACAGGGAAUUCAGGUCUUACCAUGAGGAUGAAGUGGACAGAGUACCGCACAACCCAUAUGCAACCCUAAGGCUUCCAAGGAAGCAAGUUGCUAAAACGGAGCACAUAACCAAAAACAUUCACAAGGCCUUAGUUGCAGAGCAUCUCCGUGGUUGGUACCAACGUGCCUCCAGUCAAAAGGAACAGGGUCAUAGCCUGCAGGCAGGCUUUGAGUCUGACAGAGGAUCUCAAAGGAGUUUGGGCUUUGCUGGUCUGCAGGUGCCGUGCUCUCCUAGCAGUCGGGUGUCGUCUUUCUCUUCGGCAUCUUCUGCAAACACGGCUGGGAACUGGCGGAACCCGCUUGCACUGGGACUUUCGGACUACGAUACGUUGUCUCAUUCCUCUUAUGCCAGCUGUUACGGGAAUGUUUAUGGCAACCUUCCUUUGCAAAGCAGAGCUUACGCAGAGACGAGCCAGCUGGGUGGUGAUGAUGAGAGCCGGUUGGAAGAAGACUUGCACAGGAACGAGCAGAGGUUAUUCUGGCAUGAGGAUUCAAAACCCGGGACGCUCGUGUAGGCAGCCUGCAGCCCCACAUUCGUACCCUUGCGUGCCUUGCACAAAAUGCUGUGACUCCGAGGCAGAUCUCGGGUGGAACUUCUAAACUGAACAUAAAAAGGAAGCAGGCUGUUUUGCUGGGAAAGAUUGAAUUCAGCAUUAAGAGGGACUAUAGCAAAAUGACAAAGUCUUACCAUGAAUGGCGUUUCUUUCUGAAUCCAGAUACCCUACACAAGCAAGGGCAAGCCACAGUUUAAUCUAUUACUAGAUGCAGCACUUGGUUGAAGUAUUUAUAUUUAGCAAGCACUUUUUUGGAAGAUUGGAAGGUGUUGAAGGCAAACCUCAGAGAAAAAAAAAAAAAAUGUGAAAAGGAGACUCUUACGGAAAAACCAGGAAUUCUAGGAGCACAAUUCUGAUGUCUGAAAGAAGAAAUGAAAAUUUAUUCUGCCAUGGCUUAUGAUGACCUGGAAGGACUUUCAUAAGCUUAUGAAGGAUAGAUACUGUGUGUGUGAGUGAGGCAAAGGGUGACUUAAUCAGUAUUGGAACAUUACUUGAAGGAAGGCUGAAUUUAUUUUUUUCUUUUUUAAUUAUGGAGGUUUGAAUGAGUUUAUCCAUUUUUUUGGGUAUUGUUAGGAGUGUUUGUUAGCACCACAAGCAAGUUCUGUAAAGAAAAGACACGAUAUGUCAUGUAAAACUAUAGGUGGUUGUGGAUUUUGGAAACAGAAGCAGUAACCUUUGAAAUCUCUUUUCCAUGAUAAAGUGUAAUUAAUAACCUCCCAUUUAAUGACCUUUCCAUGGUACAACUUCACUGUGUGGAGGAGUAGGCAAAUAUUCACGGUGGCUGCACAGUGACCCCUGUUCAUUGGGUGACGAUUACGUUUUGCUCUGCCACAGUGAAUCAAGGAACCGCAGUGGGGAGCUGCAGUGAUCACACGGCGAACAAUUUGAUUGUAACGGCCAGUAUUUUAAGGUGGAUGCAAACACAAACAGCCAAGUGGGUGCCUUAAAAUGAGGGGCAUUAGGAUUGUACUGCGAUUCACCUGAACUGCCAGGUGCGUUGCAAAGUCACUAAGUGACAGAACAGCAUUUUCACAAAACCAUUUGUGUAGGAAAAAAAGUGCGACUGCAGUCUUGAUCUAAGAGGGAUAAACCUACCUCACGUCAUCCAUCUGUAGGAACAAAUUGGCAUGGGUUAUCUUGUGUGAUUUCCAACGACUUGUUUGCAUAUGGUAAAAUCUCUCUCGUUUCUCAGCUGUACUGUGCUUCAGGAUUCCAUAAAUGGUGCUCUUUUUUCUUUUAUACAAAGGAUUAGUUACUCCUUGUUCAUAUUGUGAAUAGAAAAGUUUCUGAUAAACUUUUUUGACAUUUUUUACCAAUAUUCCAGAGCAUGUAAUAUAUACAGAAGGACACACUUGUUAAGCUGGUACUUAGUCGUUUGUAUUAUUAGAGUCGCGAUUUGGAAUUAAACAAACAAAAACAAAAUAAAAAAUAACUUAUUUCUUUGGUUUUCCAUAUUUGUAUAGCCUUCUAGAAAUGCGAAAGCUCUUUUUGCUUAUUCUUUUACUACUUCUGAAUUUUUUAGACCUAUUAUUUUGUAUAGGUCAAUAAACUAAAAAGUGUGCUACCAAAA